AAAAAUGCUUCUAUUAGCAAUUCUACUUUUAAUUUGCACAAUUAUUUUGAUUAUAUUUUUUAUCAGUCAUUGUGCACUCCUUCCAAAAAGGACAAAUCCCCAUCCAGAAUUAAUUCCCUACAGCGUUGUUAAAAGUCCCAGAAAAUAUUCAGCAUUUACUGACCACGAAUACAGUACUAGUCCAUCACCUUCUUCUGCUGUUAGGUAAAUAAAGAUCAACUCAAUCGAUCCACAAGUCCGGUCUCUAGUAGGGUUUCGGUUCCUGGAAAUUCUUCAAAUAUCCGAAACCGAACCGAAAAAUCAUCCCAGAAAAUAUUCAGUUCGGUCCAGAAACGACAACCCUAGUUCCUAGUAUUAACUCUCCGGCAGACCAGGUUGAUUAGAAAUUGCUGGAUUUUCUGAUCCGGUUUGGUUUCAUGUAGGUUCCGAUUCUCCAGUAUUACAAGCCGAAGAUGGAAGAUUCUUCAGUACUAUCGCAUUAGCUGACACCGUUAUGUUUUCCUUCUCCCCUCAUUUUUCUUUUUCAAAAAAGUACAUAUUGGCCAAAAUCAGUUCAUGUCGAGAAGGGGGGG